CGUGCGCAGCGAUCGCCAAUUGUUCGCAAGAGUCUCGUCGCGAGCAGUAUUCGUGGAUAAAUAAGUUUUUUCCGCUUGUUAGAACGCACAGGGACAAAGGUAGAACGGUAGUGGGAGAAUCGGUUGUGGAUUUCUCGGUGGAAAACUGUGUUUUCCGAGUGCUGAGGACCGGCGACCGAGUAAUGCACGCAUAUGUCUAGGCUUGGAGGGACUCAGGUUCUGGCCUCUACAGCACAGGUGAAGAGGACAGCCACCGAUCACGCAGCGCUGGUGAACGUCGGUGCUGCGAAACGCAGCAAGCUGUCCGCCGUUCCGGUCACGGGGAUCGACGGGAUUGAAAACAUGACGGACACAGCCGCGGCCGCGACAGAUACGCAGAAGAGGGCUAAUUUCUCGGCAUUGACCGUCGGGAACCCAAACGGCGUCAUUUCACCAAGUUUGGCAAGUGCGAAGACGGGCACUGCCAGAAAGCUUGUCAUCAAAAACUUCAAAAAUAAGCCAAAAUUACCAGAAAAUUAUCAAGAACAAACAUGGGAGAAGUUGCAAGAAGCUGUAAUUGCCAUACAAACCAGCAAAAGUAUUCGUUAUUCAUUAGAAGAACUUUACCAGGCUGUUGAAAACAUGUGUAACCACAAAAUGGCAUCUACAUUAUAUACAAAACUGACAGGGCUAACAGAAGCUCAUGUUCAGGCUAAUAUAGAACAAUUCUUGGCAGAAUCCAUGGACAGGCAUAUAUUUUUGAAAAAAAUGAAUGAGUGUUGGCAGUCACAUUGUAGGCAAAUGAUUAUGAUUAGGAGUAUUUUUCUAUACCUGGAUAGAACAUAUGUAUUACAAAAUCCAAGUAUUUUAUCCAUUUGGGAUAUGGGAUUACAUUUAUUUAGAGUAUAUAUCGUUCUGAACAAUUUGGUUCAGACACGUACAGUAGAAGGAUUACUUAUGCUUAUAGAGAAAGAACGGCAAGGUGAUACAGUAGACAGAACACUUCUUAAGUCACUAUUACGAAUGUUAUCAGAUCUACAAAUUUACCAAGAUGCCUUUGCCACCAAAUUCCUGAUAGCUACAGAAAGACUAUAUGCUGCAGAAGGACAAAGACUAAUGAAUGAACAUGAUGUUCCAGAGUACUUAGCACAUGUAGACAAACGACUUCAAGAAGAGAAUGAACGUUUGUUACAUUAUCUUGAUGCAUCUACAAAGUGGUCGCUAAUCCAUACAGUAGAAAAACAAUUGUUAUCUGAACAUAUUACCAGCAUAUUACAAAAAGGAUUAAGUGGUUUGUUGGAUGAAAAUAGAAUUAGUGAUUUAUCUUUACUUUAUAAUUUAUAUAGUCGAGUUAAGAAUGGCCUUGUAGAACUAUGUUUGAGUUUCAAUUCCUAUAUAAAGAAAAAGGGUAAAACCAUAGUUAUAGAUCCAGAAAAAGACAAGACUAUGGUUCAAGAACUUUUGGAUUUUAAAGAUAAAAUGGAUAACAUAGUUAAGUUUAAAAGAAGCUUUUGAAGCUUUUAUUAAUCAGCGCGCAAAUAAACCAGCUGAAUUAAUAGCAAAGUUUGUUGAUUGCAAAUUGCGAGCGGGUAAUAAAGAAGCAACUGAGGAAGAAUUAGAAAGAUUAUUAGAUAAAAUUAUGGUACUGUUUAGAUUUAUACACGGAAAAGAUGUAUUCGAAGCAUUUUAUAAGAAAGAUUUGGCAAAACGUUUGUUAGUGGGUAAAUCAGCUUCUGUUGAUGCUGAGAAGUCUAUGUUGUCGAAAUUAAAACAAGAAUGUGGAGGUGGUUUUACUAGUAAAUUGGAAGGAAUGUUCAAAGAUAUGGAACUCAGUAAAGAUAUUAACAUUGCUUUUAAGCAGUAUGCAGGAAAUUUACAAAAUGAGUUGUCAGCAAAUAACUUGGAUUUAACUGUGUCAAUACUUACAAUGGGUUAUUGGCCAACAUACCCUGUGAUGGAAGUAACAUUACCACCAGAAAUGGUUCAAUAUCAAGAUGUAUUUAACAAAUUUUACUUGGGAAAGCACAGUGGCAGAAAAUUACAAUGGCAACCUACUCUAGGUCAUUGUGUUCUAAAAGCGUGGUUUAAUCAGGGUAACAAAGAGUUUCAAGUAUCAUUGUUUCAAGCGUUGGUAUUAAUUAUGUUUAAUGAUUCUGAUAACUUAUCCCUGGAAGAUAUAAAGGCAGCAACAAAUAUAGAAGAUGGUGAACUUAGAAGAACUUUGCAAUCUUUAGCUUGCGGAAAAGCUAGAGUAUUAAAAAAGAAUCCAAGAGGAAGAGAUAUUGCAGAUAAUGAUAGAUUUGUCUUCAAUGCAGAUUUCACGAACAAAUUAUUCAGAAUUAAAAUUAAUCAAAUCCAAAUGAAAGAAACGAACGAAGAACAGAAAGCUACAGAAGAACGAGUUUACCAAGAUAGACAAUAUCAAAUAGAUGCAGCUAUUGUUAGAAUUAUGAAAAUGAGGAAAACGCUUACACACAAUUUAUUAAUUAGUGAACUGUAUAAUCAAUUAAAGUUCCCUGUGAAGCCGGCUGACUUGAAAAAACGAAUUGAAUCUCUUAUAGAUAGGGAUUAUAUGGAGCGAGACAAAGAUAAUGCAAAUGAGUACAAUUAUGUUGCGUAACUUGAACCAAAUGCCAAAGUCAUUGCAGACUGGGAUGACGCCAUGUUUUGUAGUAAAAGAAAUCAACCAAUUCAUUUCGGUGUUUGUCUAAUGUGAAUGUGACAUACUGAAAAGCGAAGAACUCUGUAACUGAUUGACUGUCAGCAUGAUGUUGCAGCAAGUGAUCAGUUGAUAAAAAAAAAUUAGAGUGGACCUCGUUGUCUUGGUUUUUGUAGUGCAUAAUGGACACUGGACAAUUAUUGAGAUCCCUUUUAAACAGUGCUUUACUGUUGUUAUCCUUGUGUUGUUUCUGGAUUUUGCUAAAAAGGACCACGUGCAAAAAUGUCUUUAAUGGUGUAGCAUUUAAAAAAAAAAAAAUAUGUACAUCAACAAUUUUUUAUGCAAAACAGUUUUUCACAGCAUAUUAAAGAUUUAAGAUGAUAAUAUAGUAAGACUAUUCUAAGAAUAAGAAACCAAUGUAUUUGACUGAAAGUGAACAAGAACUCAUUAUUUAUGGCAAACGUAAGAUAGUGUAUUAUGGACAUUGAAUUCAAUUCACUACAGUCAUUUCAAACAAGAAAGCACAUUAUGAUAUUCUAAUAUAUUAUAAAUAUAUAAUUCAUCGCAAAAUUUAAAAAAGAUAUUUCCAAAAGAAACAAAAUAUGAACAAUAUGUGCACACUACACAGGAUGAAUACUCCAAGAUUUAGAGGAAUCUCAUUGGAAACACAAUAUGUAUUUCUGUAACAAAUUUUUAAUGUAGGAACUGUAAUGUACUGGUAUUGAUAAGAUUUAGGAAUGAAUCAUUUAUUGGCUUGUUCAGUCGAUUUAUGUCAGUAAUUAUGAAUAGCUUAUUAACAGAAUUUUAUAUAAAAAAAAGAAAGAAUGUUGUUAAUGAAUCCUAAUCGUAUAGAAAAUGUAACUAAAUCUAUAAGUUAUUAGUCUUCUCAUUAAUUACCUUAUAUGUACUGCGUUUCUCUAUAUUACACUAAAAAAACUUAUUUUGUGUAAUCAUUCAUAGAUUUAUCAAGAUUGUAAAUAGGGUAAGAUUUCCGUACUUGUAAUAAAAUACGAUAAAAAUUUCAAACUUA